GUCAAAUAUUGCAGCUGGCGCAAAGACCUCGUCUUCUUGUAUUUCAUCGAGGGCGUGGAGGAGGAUUUCACGGAGGUCUGGGCGUUGACGAAGAAGUUCUUCGAACAGGCUGAGGGCCCCGCGCAGACCCGCGCGGCCGCGAGCAACCAGGAGAGCGACGCCGCGACGAUCGAUAUCUUUGACACCGCGCGCCAGCAGGGCGAGGCGGAGGAUGAGGCGGCGCUGAAGCACGAGGAGGAGCGCCAGGCAACGGAGCAGGCGGCGCAGAGGCGUGAGGCAGAGGAGCAGGCGGCGCGGGAGGCGUCCAAGCGAACUGGCGCUGAGGACGCUAGCUCUGGCCCCCGCUCGAAGCGUGCGAAGAAGAGCGACGGCGCGGCAGGAGGUGCCCCUGGGGAGGGGCCUGCAGCCGCGCCAGGAACCGACGCCGCCCCCCACAAGAAGAAGGCGAAGAGGGGGCAGACGCCGCUCCAGAAGGCGAUGGCCGAGGCGAAACUGGUGCUCCAGAUGCACGGCCAGGUGGCGGCGUCUGCAACGACCUUGAGCAAUGCGAUUGCCAAGGCGGAGGCGAAGUGGGCCUUUGCCAAUUCGCCCGAGGUGCUCAAGCCCUUCACCAAGGCGAACGACAAGCUGAGGAGGACGAUCGACAGCAAGCCCGCCUUCACGGAGUUCCUGUGCGCCCGCGACCUCGGCGAGCUCCAAGCAGCGGCAAAGAAGAAGGACGGCCUGAAUGAUUUGCAGGCCGACCUGGAGUCGUUCGCCAAGCUGGUCAACCCGUGUUUGGAGGAGAUCCAGCUCGAGACGAGGCCGCUGGUCAGCACGGCGGAGACGAGGGAGGAGGAGAAGGCCAAGGCGGCCGCGGCCAAGGCGGGCAAGACCAACAAGGGCCCCAAGAAGCCUCGCAAGAGCAAGGCGGCGACGGCGGAGUCGUGA